AUGCUGAGGGCCGUGCCGUUGACUUUGAGUGCCUCUCCUGCCCCUGCUGCUGAUGCUGAUGCCACUGUUCGCUCACAGUGGGCCACGCGCGAUGCUGCUGCUCGCCUUGCUGUGCGCCGCCACUUACCGACCACUGAGCAUGCACACUUUAGCCCGUACAAGAGUGCUCAGACCUUGUACGACGCUGUAGUUGCGCGCUACUCUUCCCCUGCCACUACUGCACUGAGCCGCCUCAUGCUACCAUACCUCUUCCCUGACCUUGCUGCCUUUCCCACAGUCGCUGACCUCAUUACGCACCUCCGCACUAGUGACACUCGCUACCGCGCUGCGCUUCCUGCUGAGUUCUGUGCCAAGAACCCCCCCCCCCCCAUGUACAUCACCCUCUACUACAUAGUCACCCGGCUCCCUGACUCUCUCCGCGUAGUCAGGGACCACUUCCUCUCAGUUUGCCCCACCACUCUCACCGUUGACCUCCUCGGGAAGGCCCUCCUAGCGAUAGAGAAGAGCAUAGUCACUGUAGGAGCCUCUCGUGGUGACCCCCGCACCCCCGUCUUUGAGGGGUGUUCUCCCUCCCCCCUCUUGCUCUCUGUUGCCUCUGCUGCUGCGGCCGACCUUGUUGGUUUCGAGUCGGUCGGCGUUACGUCUGCCCCGAGCGGGAGACGCCGCACCGGCAAGGGCAAGGGGGGCAAGGGCGCUGGAGGGGCUGGAGGGGGCGGUGGAGGUGGUGGUGGAGGCAGUGGAGGGAGUGGGGGUGGUGGUGGGAGUGGUGCCGGGGGUGGCGGCGGCGGCGGCAGCAGUGGAGGCGGCGGAGGCGGUGGCAAGAAUUAA